UGGGACUCCUUGAAAAACUUCCAGCCCCCUGUCUCCCACACCGCUCCUCCUCCUUUCUUUUUAUUUAUCUUCUCCUUCCCAACCACUUCAUUUCUCAUUCAUCAUGGGUUUCACCGACCUUGUCUCCGACGCCGGUCUCACCGUUGCCGACAAGUACCUGGCCACCAGGACCUACAUCGUUGGCCAUGCCCCUUCUCAGGCCGAUGUGGUGACCUUCAAGGCCAUCUCGAGCGCCCCUGACGCCGAGAAGUACCCUCACGUCGCUCGCUGGUACAAGCACAUUGCUUCGUACGAGCCCGAGUUCUCCACUCUGCCCGGUGACCCCUCCAAGGCCUACACUGCUUACGGCCCGGAGACGACUGAGCUGCCCGUCAACCCUAAGGACAAGCCUGAAGAGGGUUCCGACGAUGAGGACCUUUUCGGCAGUGACUCCGAGGAGGAGGACCCCGAGGUUGUCAAGGAGCGUGAAGCUCGUCUUGCUGAGUACAAGAAGAAGAAGGAGGCUAAGCCCAAGGUUGCCGCUAAGUCCAUUGUCACCCUGGAGGUGAAGCCCUGGGACGACGAGACCAACCUUGAGGAGAUGGAGGCCAACGUCCGUGCCAUCGAGAAGGACGGUCUCGUUUGGGGUGCCUCCAAGUUCGUUGCCGUUGGUUUCGGUAUCAAGAAGCUCCAGAUCAACCUGGUCGUCGAGGACGAGAAGAUCUCUCUUGAUGAGCUCCAGCAGCAGAUCGAGGAGGACGAGGACCACGUCCAGUCCACCGAUAUCGCUGCUAUGCAGAAGCUCUAAACGCCAGAUUUCGUUACGAAUAAUUUAAAGAAUCAUGCGAAUGAUCUCAUAUUGAUGUCUCAUGCUAGCCUUCUAGUGUCAUGAAAUCCUAUCUAGCUAGCCCCGACCUAGGCGUACAUGCCGGUCGUCAUUUUAACGAAAAAAUACAAAUCGACAGCCAGUCUGUCAUGAUAGAAAGCCUUGAUAUUCCGCCAAAAUUUUAUGUAAAACCCUUAAGGAGAGUGUGACUUGCAGGGCAGCGCAGCACCGCAUCCGCUGUAGUCAAGAUAGUGUCCGUAUUAUUGCCAGGAGCGAUGAUUUGGCGGGGUUUGUGUCAG